AUGACACCUGUGGUGGCUCUCGUGGAGGCGGGCGACACGGUGACGGGCGCGACGCUGACCUCGCGUCCGGCAGAGCGACUUUUGAUCAAUGUGGAGUACGAGAUGACUCCUACUUCGGGAUCGAUUAAUUGGGCUCACGAGUCGACAUGGCUCGAGUCAGGCACGCCCACGCUGAUGCUUGCCAUGGCUGCGCGAUAUGACGCGGCGCCGGUGGGCAAGGUGGUGACGGUGACGAUCGAGGGAUUGCGUGAUGGCGGGGCCAAGACUUGUACCUUCCGCGGCUUUGGACAGGGCGACAAGCCGAUGUGGAAGUACGAGAUCAAGGGAUGUGUGCUCGGCGAUGCGGCGGAUCCGCUGUUGGCGUUCUCGGACGACGGCUCGACGGUGGUGGCGGCUUACUGGUCGGCCGACGGAACGCCAACGGCAGUGGCACUGGGAGGGCAAACCGGAAAGGUGCUGUGGAGUAGCAGCUACCCGGGCGCAGGCGAGAUCAACUCGGUGUCGUGCUCACGCGACGGCGCGCGGUGCUCGGUGGCCACGCCGACCGCCAUCCGGAUCGUCGCCCGCAACGGGACGCUUGUUGUCCCGCCGAUUCUCACUACCGAUGGCUCCAACUUUGCGCGGCUUUGCCCGAUGGGCAUCUUUCUCAUCAGCGGUGAUGCGACCGCCGUGCUGCGCAAGUGGAACGGCACCAGCUACGCGGUGGUGCAGCAGUGGAGCGCGCCGGCCACGGCAGGCGUGACGUGGUCGCUGGCCGACGCGGCGAUGUCGGUCAACGGCGGUGCGAUGGCUGCCUGGAGCGUGGCCGGACCGGACGGCUGCCUCAUUGGCCUUGCAUGGAGUGGGACCGCGUCCAGCGGUGACGUUAUUGCGCUGCACUUUGACGUCUACUCGAUGCUGUCAGGCAAGCAGUUCCUGACGUGGGCACAGGCACCGAGCGCCGACUCGACGUCCGCUGCGGAGCCGCGCGUUGCGUUUGAACUCAAUUGGGCGGUGCUGGCGACGGGCGUGGCGCCAGGCUCCGGGACGAGCGAUUCUUCGCUGGUUGUCUUUGACGCCAUCAAUGUGACGAGCCCGCUGCAAGCGACGUCGCAGCUCCCGGUUGCCUUUGGCUGGGUUGACAUCGAUGUUGUGCAGGAGACGGUGUAUGUGGUGGCGGCUGGGCAGGAGGUCGGCGACAAGCCGUCUGCCGCAGGCUACGUGUUCACGGCGCCGAACCCAGGAUACGAGUAG